AUGACUAUAUGGUGCAACUCCUGCAAGUGUCAUGUGAGGGCUCCGUGCACGCUCCCUCACCACGUGCACAAGCCCAACAUGGUCUCCCACAGAUCCACCAAAGGAGCGUCCAAAGCCCGACGGGACCACAUCAAUCACGAGAUCAGGAAAAUGCGGGCUCUGCUGCCCACCACCCAUGACGACCAGGAGCGUCUGUCCUACCUGCACUCCAUGGCAGCCAUCUGCACCUACAUCAGGAAGUCUGUCCUCCUCCGAGGAGUCCUCCCUGGGGACGGAUCGCACUGUUCUCUACCGUACGAGGCCUUUCUCCAGGCUCUGCACGGCUUCAUCCUGGUCACCACCUCCCACGGGAAACUGGUCUAUGUGUCGGAAAAUGUAGCAGAAUACCUGGGUCUGUCAAUGAUUGACGUGCUUCAAGGAGACACUUUCUAUGACAUGGUGGAACCCUUUGAUGUCGACGAUGUAAAAUCAAACCUGGACAUGGAAAACAACUCAUCAACAGAGCGAAGCUUCAUAUGUUGUAUGCAAACCUCCAAGGCCUUCAAGCUGCACCACAGCAGCUAUUGCUCCAUGCUGGUCAGAGGCAGCUUCCAGUCCGUCCCUCUGCCCCGUCCGUCCUCCUCUGACGCCACCGAGCCUCUGUUUGUGGCCCUGUGCACCCCCACAGUGAACCGGCUGAGCAGCUCCGACUCCAGCUUCUGUCACAGCUUCACCAGCGUCCACAGGCUGGACAUGACCUACACUCAGCUGUCAGACAGUGUUUUAUACUAUCUGGGGUAUUCAGCCGAUGAGAUGACCGGUCGAUCGUGGUACAGCCUCGUCCACCCUGACGACCUUUCGCUGAGUGCAGAUUCUCACAGAAGUAUAAUGGACACAGAUGAGGGCCUCCAGGUGGAGAUGGUACUGAGACUCCAGUGCAAGGAUCUGUCAUGGGCCUGGGCCUACACUCGAGCUAACAAGGACUCUGAGUGUCAGGGCAUCAGUUGCACUAACUACAUCAUCAGUGAAACAGAGGCCAGAUUCCUGCAGAAGGAAAUUGGCAGCGAUGCCUUCAGGCCAUCAUCUCCGGCGAACUCCUGCCAUAUUGCAGCUCAACAGGCGCCACACUCUCAGACCUACAAUAACACUAAAUCUUUCAAAAGGCAGAGGACUUCCGACAGCCAGAGCGAGGAGCCAGCAGGUGCCAGAGUGAGGAGGGAGUCGGAGCAAGGCUACGUGGCGUGUGUCUACUCCCGAGGUGGGAGCUCACCUGUUCCCUCGGGUGACGUCCCCACCGCUCUCUUCACGCCUCCCUACAGCCCGGCCUCCUCCGGCUCCCCUCUGCAGCAGGAAGAGCUCAGCCAUGACCUCCUGAUGGAUGUGCACGGAUACGGGGAUCAGCUGCUGUCCUCCCCGGAGGCCUCUCCCUCCUACUACUCCUACCCAGAGGCAGCGCUCACCUGUCACCCAAGGCCCUCCGACUCCCUCCCUAUGGCCGCUGAACACUCCUUUGACCAGGCAGCCUUUGGUGCGGUCAGGCCGCCCUCUCCGCUCUCCUCCUCAUCUCCAAACUAUGAUUUCCAGUCUUGUACAUCUAAUGCUCGAUUGGUUCCAGACUGCCUGUCGGCGUCCGACAUGUGUGGGAGCCCGGUGGAAUGUGCCCUGCAUCAAGACGAUUUCAGCCUUCUAGAGCAGCCAGAAGGGGGCGACCUUUUGCAAGUGCAACAUGUGCCCCACCACCAUGUGAUGCAUGCACACUCCAGUCUUCUAACCCCCAACCAGUCUCCUACGUCCUCAGAGUCUAACCAGUACAAUGAGAGGGAGCAGGCAGAGAUCAGUAUUCUGGCGCAGCAGAUUUCCUCUCUGGCCAGAAGCUUUGACAUGUAUCACACGAUAAACCCCCUUCAGCCUACGGCUCACAGCCCCCUGCCCUCAGCCGGUGACUGGUCCCAGCACCCUCCUCACCCCUCUGUCCUUCCUCUCAAGUGUGACCUGGUCCUCGACGACGGUGUGAUCGACAGCAUCCUGAAAGACCUGGACACGGCCACAAGAAAAAGCAGCACGUCCGACCCCGCUGUUGUGUCGUACACCUAUCAGCAGGGUUUAGUGUGCAGCAGGAGCGGGCCCCGUCAUUUGGAGCAGGAGCCCCUCGGCCCCUCCACGGCCACCCCAGAGGAGACGCUGCCUGCAGAGCAGUUCACUGCCAUGGAUCCCUUCAGUUUGCAGUUGGCACGCUAUGACCAAAACACUGGGUUGCAUCAACUCAAUCACCAUAUGCACAUUAGCCUUCAGCAAGGUAAUUUAUAUUAACAGUGCAGUUACUACAUUCAUAAUCUGCUAAAGGUUACAGACAUUGACCUUUUACUUUACUAACAUUAUUUUCUGUCCACUUUCAGACGGACUUGCUAAAGAACACCUGUACUGAAAUAAGUCUGUGACUUACUGUACUAGCAGUUGUAUGACAUAUUGUCAGGACAAUCUUCCCUCGCUGGAUCCAAAGAAGAACAUGAGCAAAGACGUUUAAAGGACGUCUUUGCUCAGAAAGUUUCCCCUGCUGACGUAUUCGUGAAUCUAGAAAAGAAUCUUAAGCAGAUGCUGUUCUUUUCAGGACUACAGCUUUGUCUUCAUUCCUCCAGACUGCCGUCUAUUCUCUUUAGUGUUUUACUAUAUUUUAUGAAACAGGUACUGUCAACACUUACACGCUGACAUGGAGAUAUAUUUUUCUUCUAAUACGAAGUGACCACAGUUUACUAUCCAGCACUUUAUCAUGUCGUUGCCACCAGAGUUGUAUAAAUGAGAAGAUGAGACCUAGAAUUCAAACAAUUCUAAUCAAAUCAAAAGAAAGAGCCAUUUUAAAUACUUGUUAUUAGUGCCUUAAUACAUGUUUAAAAGUCAGUUUACUACAAGAUAAUAUUUGUAUUCCUUUUUUUAAGCGUCUCAUUUUUCGUGCCCUCAAUACUUUGAUGCUAAUAUGAAUAAUAAAAACAACCUCAGUCAGCGAGCAGUGAGAUAAUGAUGACUGUGAAUUCAACACCUACCUCAGUGGUACAUCUCACAGUUUUAUGAAUAAGUUAUAUUCAUGUCGACAGAGUGAACCUUACUCAAUGUGAAACUUUAUUCCUUCCACAUCAUUUGUUUUCCCCACGGUACAAAAAUUGUAAAUGUCUGAAUGUUCAUGUAAUUUGUGUUAU